ACCUGCCGAACCAACAUGGCCGAGACAAUGCCUAACGUGGAAGGAACAGCUGGAUCGUUGAUUGUUCAGGUGGAAGGCGACAUUCACAUCGACGCGGCGUUAGUUUCUCGCAGUGUUUAUGUCACUGGUUAUAAAUCGACAGCAGAACCGGAAGACCUAAUGAUUCAUUUUAUGAAAAGGAAAAACGGCGGCGGUAAUAUCGACAGCAUCGUUAUCAGUAAGCGAGGAGCAGCAGUAAUAACAUUUGACAGCCCUGAAGAUGUGAAAACAGUUCUACAGAAGAAACAGGAGCUUGAAGGAGCGGCUUUAAAUGUGAAACCAUACGAGGAAAUCAUGAAGACGGAUAAUCAUAGCCUAGUGGUAAGGUUACGUGCAUUCCUCUAA